UUCUCUUAUUAAUAUAUCUGAUUCAAAUUUUUGUUUAAAUUCCAAAAUGGUUGUUGUUAUUCAUUUGCUCUACAGGAUUUUAUCGUCGGCAAAGCGAAUGCAGAAAGUGAAGCCUUAUACAUUGCAUUGUUCGCUGCUUGUACUUGUAUUUAUUUAUGCUUUUGUUGGGGGAUUAAUCUUCAAUAAAUUGGAAGCACAGGCCACACAGGAACAGUAUAAAAAGGAAUGGGAGGCAAAAACAGAAUGUGUCCUUGAACAAGUACCCUCUUCUCAACCACUAGAUGAACAACCAAGGACGGAUCGCAUUUUGCAUUGUUUUCAAAGUGAACCUGAUCAUCGAUCUCAAUGGAGUUGGAUAACUGGCACACUGUAUAGUUUCGGCAUUAUCACAACACUUGGCUACAACAGGAUAGGACCAAUAACACUGGCAGGCCGGCUUUUUUGUAUAAUUGCAAACAUCGGUCAAUAUCUCAACCAAUUUGCAAGUGCUACCCGUAGACAUAUUGAAACAUACCGAGAGAAGAGGCGACGUUCGCGCGUUACAGGCUCUUCUGGUUUAAGUGCUAGUGAAGAAGAAAUUGAGGAUUCAUCUGUAGAAUUUAUGUCUCUUGGCCUAUUGAUAUCCUUCUUGUUUUAUGUCUGCUUGGGUGCUUUCUUAUUGCCACUUCUAAACGGCGAGGCUAUGCCACAAAGCCAGAUGUCUUUUUUUGAUUUCCUCAAUGGAAUUUAUUUUAACUUCCUCUGUCUAACAGCCAUUGACUUUGGACAACUUGUUCCUUCAAAGUGGGAAUUCUUGCCAAUCACCUUCCUUUAUGUAUGCAUUGGGCUUGCUAUUACGACAAUCGCGAUAGAGAUUGGUUCUGAGUAUCUAAAGAAGCUCCAUCACUUUGGAAAACGUAUGAAAAAUGUAGCACAGACUAGGAUUUGGUUUGGCGGCAAAACACUGAAGGUGAGAGAUUUAUUGCAUGCUGUUGGCAAAAAAUGUGGUAUUGACCCUUCAGAAAUUGACAAGCUGGAUCUUGAAAAUGUUAUUGAGAGAGCAGUGGCAAUUAAUGAGGGACGUGAACCUCCAUUGGAUACAAAUGAAGAACCGCCACCACCAAAAGAGCCGCAACCACCAGCUACUGAGGAAGUACCUCUGCUUGAAAAUAAUAGAAAUGAGGACCGGCGAUCACGUACCCCACCUUUUAAGAGGGCAGCCGAACGUAUUGUGAGCCUCCCCAUUGUUGAACAGACAAAGCCGAUUGAGAAUGUCGAUGAGAGCUUAGAAAACAGCAACAGAAAUUUGCGAUUGGAUCUCUGCGAAUUUGUUGCAAUAGAUAUGGAUUUGCCUGAUGGACCUAUAGAGGAGGCACUUACUUGGAUGGAACCAGUGCAAAUAGAUCCAGCCAUUGCUUCACCUAAAGAUUUGGGCGCUUAUGGGCCACCGCACGUAAUAGUGGAUGAAGAUGAACGGAUUCUGGAUUUAGAACCGAGAAAAUUUAAAGAAAAAAAGGAAAAGUAUGGAAGGGAUGCCAAAAGGCUUUACGAAACCUAUCAAGAAGAAUGGGAGAGAUUAGUUCUAGCAUUGAAUGCAUUGGGAUCUGGAACCGGGGGUAGAAGAGAAUCAUCACUGGAAGGUAGCACUUCAACAGCAAGAGAAAGUCCAGCUGCUGUCAGACAUGCUCAGCAAACUAGUCCGCCAUCAGCAACACGAAUAACCAAAGAGUCAACAACUAGUCCAUCAGAAUUAAGAAAACAAACAGUACCUAAACAGGAAGUGAAAAUAACAACAUCGCCCACGAAUCCUAGGAUAAAAUCACCUACUAUGUUAAGGGCAGGCACGACACCAAAGGUGAUACCUUAG